AUGCCUAUCACGAAUUCAUCUACUCCAGCCCCCGCGUCGCUCGACCCGCCGCAUCACCCGCCGCACCACCUGCCGCCCCUCCCACCGCUCCACCUGCCGCCCCUCCCACCGCUCCACCUGCCGCCCCUCCCACCGCCCAUCCUGCUGGUCCUGCUGCCGCCCCUCCCACCCAACACCUGCCGCCCCUCCCAACGCCCCUCCCAUCGCUCCACCUGUCGCCCCUUCCCCCGCGCCAUCCCCGACUUCGUCCGAGGCAGAGGCGACGCCGUCGAUGAUGUGGUGAUGGCGCAGGAGGAUGUCGGGAUGGCGCAGGCGGAUGAGGGGAUCGCGCUGGAGGAUGUGGGGAUGGCGGAGGAAGAUGGGGCGGACAAUCAGUCGGCCUCGGCCAACUCGCCCCAGGUCCCUGCCCCGACCGGUGCGGAUGGGGAGAAGAUCUGUCUAAAGUUGAGCACUACGAUCGUCAAGGUCGAGCCAGGAGCGGAAGAGGUCGAUGAAGACAAGUCGGAGGCCGCCUCAGAGGAUAUGGCGUUGGUGGAGCCGUCGAUGACCCCGGAUGGAUCAGACGAGGGUAUGAUUGAGUGUCAAGAAGGUGAAGAUAAGAAGGAGGAGGGCGACGAGGAGGAACAAAGUGACGAGAAAGGCGGGUCAGAAAUGGAGGAAGAUGACAAGUCGAUCGAGUUUGAUGAUGUGGAGGAUGUGAUUGAUGAUGGAGGAAUGGAGACGGAGGUCGAUGCGUUGACGGACCAUGCGGUGACGGACGAUGCGGCUAUAGGUGGGGACCAAGACGCGGACGGGGAUGAUGCUGAAGGGGAGGAUGAUGCUGGAGGGGAGGAUGCGAAGCUGGUGCGGGAAGUGGUUAAGCGGUCUACACCCCAGAGAAAACCUCUCUUCACGAUCGAAAUUCCCUCCUUCGACUUCACUGGAAAGUCUUGA